ACAUUUACAGUGGGAGAAGAACAGGUUAGCACCAUUGGACGGGGCAUCUGUGUGUUGCUGGGUAUUUCAGUAGAAGACACUCAAAAGGAUAUUGAUUAUAUGGUGAGAAAGAUUCUGAACCUUCGGAUAUUUUCGGAUGACAGUGGCAAACAUUGGAGUAAGAGUGUUAUGGACAAGCAGUAUGAAGUGCUGUGCGUCAGUCAGUUUACUUUGCAGUGCGUCUUAAAAGGAAAUAAGCCCGACUAUCACAUGGCCAUGCCUUCCGAGCAUGCUGAAUCAUUCUACAAGGACUUCUUGGAGCACCUGAGAAAGGCCUACAAACCGGAAUUAAUCAAAGAUGGCAAGUUUGGAGCAUACAUGCAAGUGAAUAUACAGAAUGACGGCCCAGUCACCAUACAAUUGGAGCCUCCAGCAUCGACAGCUGACCCAAAACAUGUAAGUGAAUAUCUUGAAAAAGUCAUUUAA